AUGACCCUAGCCUUGCUAGCCAUCACUCAACUCUUCCAGCCAGUGGGUUUCGUGCUGUCGCUAGUGAUACUACUCCUGGGCUUCUUCCUUCCUCUCUCUAUGCACCGGAUCCCCCACCCUGCUGGCUGGCCCAACCCACAAAUGGUGGGUGCUCUCCUCGCUGGAGUCACCCUCACAACCUUUAACUACUUUAAGAGAGUCUUUCAUGUGGUGUGGCCGGACUAUUACCUGUCGUUCAUCAUCAUGGCAAUCAUUGGAUUCACAGCUCUUGUGAUCUACUUCAAACUGAGGAGAUCCGAUCCAGGUUUUGAUAAAAUCGGGAAAUUAAGCAGUGAUGGAAAGCCAUUUACGAUCGUGGACGUUGCUAGACAAGUCGAGACCAGUCCUCACGGGUUCGCCUACAUGGAGGGUAAAGACCUGUGUGGGGACACUCUUCUAUUUUGUACCAAGUGUGAGGUGAGUGGGUGUAGUACACAGCUAGUACUCUUUGACACUCUGGUUCCUCUAGCAGCACAAGUGCACACCUGCAUUAUAAUUAUCUGUAGAGGUUGUUCUGUAUUGGGGCAGUCUUUUGUCCGAGGUGACACUGUAUUUGUGUUACAGAUAGUGAUCCCGGAGUACACCAAGCACUGCAAGCUGUGCCAGGGUUGCUGUCGAGGGUUUGACCACCAUUGCACCUGGCUAUCCUCCUGCAUAGGAUACAAGAAUCAUCGCUUGUUCAUCAUCUUUGUGUACUAGCUGACUUACAUGCAAUUAUUGGUAUUAUAAUAUCAAUUGCCUAAUACGUCAUAAUGUACUCACACGCACACAUUCACAGUGAUGUUGAGAUUAGAAGGUGACAAUGGAUUCUGGGGAGUGGUGCCAGUAAGUGCAUUCAACUUUCCAUACCCAAUCACACGUACUGGUACUCAAUUUACCCAUGUAAUAAUUAUAAUGUGUUUUGACUUCGUAGAAAUUAAAGCAUUGGUGACUUUCUCCACUGUACCUGUGAUAUCCUAAGCUUAUAUAGAGUUUGAUCAUGAUUUAUUGUAGACACAAAGGCGGUACUGUCCUGGCUCGCCAUGUUUUCUGCUGCUCUUCUAUUUGGGCAUGCACUCCUUGGUAAAGUGUGUGUCCGUCCACAUUGCGUUUGGGUUUCUAAACUUUCUGCUCACAACCUUUGGGGCAGUUCAUCGACGUAGACACAAUCUCCAUGCAGUAUAAUUAUAGUGAGGUAUAAAUGAGCAUUGAGGUGUUGGGCUUGGAAUUGCCUAUGUAAGGCACUGAACUUGGGGUAGUAUCUUGACAGCUGGGGGGGCAAGGCUUUUUCUCAAGAUUCAAUACAUCUUUGCUAUGCACUAAGUCUUUCCACAGCAAGUCGUAGUGUUGGUUUCCCUAGCUACAUAUUUGCACCGCUUAUACAGAAUUUGUUUGGAAAUUGAUCUAUUAUAUUAGUUGUGCUUUAGUCCCAUGCAUAAGCGGGGGGCUUUCAGCCCUUCUCAUGUAUGUCUCUGUCUAUAGUACUAUUAAUUUUGUUGUCUAUAGCUAUAACAUGAUAUUUUCAUUGUAUAGACUGGAGAGUAUACUUUUCUACUUCCAUUCUAUGGCUAUUUAUAUCAUGAAUAUCUUGUUGCCCAGUGAGUGGGCAGAUCAAAGCAAUCCAGUGCUCAGUAUAUGGCAUGAUGCAUCACUACCAUAGCAACCAUAUAUUGUACUCGGAUUAUAUGUACUUGCAUUGUGUGUAAAUGCAGUGUAUAUCUGGACUCAUGCGUCACCAUCCCACCCAAUAACUCAUUUGGUCCCUUUUAUAGGCUACUACUUUUAGCACUAAGAAAACCUAAAAAUUUACUCUGGAAUACAGCAAAACUAAUGAAUACACUAAAUUCCUUUAAAACACAUGUCUUUUAUUACGACUUAUAUGACCAAUCAGACGAGUUGAACGUCAUUGGGCAACAAGUUAGUUAUUACAGGCGCCCUCGUGCAACAUGCCAUAUAUUGCACUGGAACACAUAAUGCCCUGGCUGGGCAAUAACUAAUACAUACCAUGUGCAAGACU